AUGGCCGGCUUCCCACCUAAAAUGGCUGGUUUCCCGCCAGAGCACUUCCCCAGACUUCCCAGCAAGGACGGACCCAACAGCGGCAACAUCACUCCCAGUAAACUGAAACCUAGGCGGGAAACAAAAACCUGCCUCCAAAACCCAUCCGGACUUUCAAAACCCCCGCUGACCAAUCACAGGGAUGUCAGCACUGGCGGCCAGGAAGUUGGCCACAUUAAGAUUGAGAUCUUUACGGACAUUGUGCCUAAGACGGCUGAGAAUUUUAUGCAGUUCUGCACUGGAGAAUUCAGAAAAGAUGGGGUUCUGAUAGUAUACAAAGGGAGCACCUUCCACAGGGUCAUAAAGGAUUUUAUGAUUCAGGAUGGGGAUUUUGUUAAUGGAGAUGGUACUGGAGUUGCCAGUAUUUACCGGGGGCCAUUUGCAGAUGAAAAUUUUAAAUCUAGACACUCAGCUCCAGGUCUGCUUUCCAUGGCAAACAGUGGUUCCAGUACAAAUGACUGCCAGGCCUUCAUCACCUACUCCAAAUGUGAUUGGCUGGACGGGAAGCACGCAGUGCUUGGAAAAAUCAUUGAUAAACUUCUAGUAAUGCGAAAGAUCGAGAAUGUUCCCACAGGCCCCAACAAUAAACACAAGCUGCCUGUGGUGAUCUCACAGUGUGGGAAGAUGUAG